AUGACUUACGCAGAGGAGCUUGAAAAUUAUCACCUGCAAUUGAUAAGCGCUCUACCUGAGAACGAUGAAGCUUUGAGGGAUGAUUUAGAAAACCUUCUUACAUGGAUAAAUCCGAAUGAUGACCACAAUAACCAUCAAAUGAGGCUUCCGUCUUUACGGAUUAAGAAUAGUAUUAAGCUGCUAAAGUUGGAUGAUGCGGAACAAGUGUUUUUAUUGCAGCUGUUGCGACAAUGGACUCUAUCGCAGUUGAGGUAUCAUUUCUUUCAUAAUUGGGAAUCGCUAAUGCAGUACAAAGAUAUGUUAAGGUUGGAACGAUAUUACGAGUUUCCAUUGAAAUAUGUCGGAUUAUUUACCGCUGAAGAACUCAGUAACGAGUUAAUUGGUCUAAGGAAGUAUUUGUUGAAUAGGAAUUCCACAUUCCGGAAUAAUAUGGAGUCCCGAAUUCGUGUAUUGAUUUUGGAGGAAGAUGAUUUUGAGAUGUCAUCCAAGUUAUACAAGUGGAUGGUACAAGGGUUGGGACACCCAAUGGUGAAAUUUGUGAUUGAUUUGUUGACAAAUAAGAUUGAACUGUUUUGUAAGAGUAGAAUGGAGGGCAAUGUAGAUCAGAAGCAUGUGAUAGAGGAGGUAUUUAAUGCUUUUAUUGAUAAAUGUUGGAAUCAGUUUAUACAACUACUACAAUUCCCCAACGAAGAUGACCAAGAGUUGAACAAUCUAAUAUAUCGAUGCUUUGAGAACAAGUUUAUUGAGAUGAAAACCAAGGAACUCUUUGAUGAGAUCAUACCAAAAUUCCCUCUGUCGAAACCGUCGUUGCUUGAAAUGAAAUCUGUUAUAAAAGGCGCAACAGAGGAACUGGACCGGUUAGUUGCCCAAAUAUGUAACGAUUUUCAUUCUGAGCUACUAAUACCAAGCGUCACUACGAUUGAGAUAUUGUUGUACUAUGUCAAGGCAAUCAAGUGUUUGAUGGUGGUGGACCCCACUGGCCGCUCUAUGAAUCGCUUCACCUUUAAAUUGAAGCCAAAAAUCAAAGAGCGAUCAGACUUAAUAACCACGGUACUCUGUGCCAUUCUGGAAUUGACCAAAGAUGAAAUCCAUGAGGUUAUCUCCAAGAAUACCUUGACUGAGAACCCUCAGCUAUUAGACCAAUUAUCAAAGGAGCUUAAAAACAGUACAGCUUUGAAUUUCCACUCGGUCACCACAAUAAAGAGCAAAGCGGCUAUCUAUUCAGUCGCACAGGAACGCCAAAACCCCUUGGUGAAGCAGUUUUUGGAAUGGACACCUGAACCAGGCCCAUUCAACGAAGAUAUUUCAAAGCUGGGAAACAACGACACUGAUGAUACCACAGAAACAUUGGAAUUGCCAAAAGAUGUAUUGGAGGUAGUCUUCCAAGUUUUCGAUUCACCCGAGAUUCUAAUCAAUGAGUUUAUAAAAUUAAUAACCAACCAUAUGCUUCAAAUGGAAGGAUAUAUUUUAAGUGCUAAAUGGUCUCAACUGUUAAAAACAUUGAUGAAAAAGUAUUUCAAAAACAACAAGCAAGUACUAAAAUCGAUAUGCGAAGAAUCCAACCUAGUCAAUGUAUUUGUAAUGUGGAGUGACUUGGAAAAAAGUGCUUCAUUCCAAAACUGGAGUACCAAGCUCCAACUCAUUCCUUCAAACGUUUACCCUAAGAUAAUUUCUUAUUUGUAUUGGAAAAUUAGCAGAAAGAGCCUGUAUGGCGACUACAGGAUUUCCUCAGCAUUGGCCAUCAUAUUCCAACAAAUGGAAAAAGCAUUCGAAAUGAAAUCUCCCGGGAGGAAAUUGCGUUUCCAAAACGACCAAGGCACCGUGGAGAUUGCACUUACUUUUGACGAUGGCAGGCAUUGGUCAAACAAAGUAUCCCUCCCCAAAUAUACCGUUAUUGAAUUAUUUCAAAAAGUCCCAAGAGGUCUAAGAACUGCUGACAUUGUCCAACAAACUGAUAUGGCCCAGCAUCAUGUGGAAGCGAUUGUACAAUAUUGGUGCCAGGAGCACGUCUUGUAUUCAACCGGAGAUGACUGCUAUCGUAUUCUAGAAAGAGCUGAUGUUGCAUUUUAA